AUGAUAAUCUACAAGGACAUCAUCACUGGGGAUGAAAUGUUAGAUAUUUACAAGAUCAAAGAAUCACCAAAUGGGAUCUUAUUCGAAGUUCAGGGAAAGGAUGCGUCUCCAAUGCAGAACGAGAACAUUGAUGACUCUUUGCUGGGGGCGAAUGUGUCGGCAGAAGUGCAGGAUGACGUCUGUGAGUCCAGCACGGUCAGUGGAGUGGACAUCGUCCUCAACCACAAACUGCAAGAGACAUCCUUCACCAAGGACUCAUACAAGGGAUAUAUCAAGGACUGCAUGAAGGCGUGAGUGUGUGUGUGUGCGCACAUGAUCAAGGCUAAGCUGGAGGAGAACAACCCAGAUGGAGUGAAGCCCUUCACGACUGGAGCUCAGGAGGAGAUCAAGAUGAUCAUGGGCAACAUGAAGAACUACCAGUAUUUUACAGGUGAGUCUAUGAACCCAGAUGGUAUGGUUGGUCUGCUGGACAUCCGUAAGGACGGCAUCACUCCCUUCAAAGAUGGCCUGGAGAUGGAGAAAUGCGCGAGUCCCUUUAGUUCAGUCUACUUGUGUAAUAAUAACACUUGUUAUAACCAGUCUACUUGUGUGUUAUAACCACUGUCCUUCCUCCUCUCUUUCAUAGUAAUACUCAGGUCUCAGAACUUUGUUUCUAUUAGCUGCUGCGUCUCACCUGACCCACGACCAGGGACCA